AUGUGUAUUAAGUUGAUUCUUGCAUGUCAUAGGUGGAGACACACUGGCUACAAACAACUGUACUUAGACAGGAAUGGUUCAUCAUCUCCACGUCGUUCCAGAUCACCAGUAAGACGAUCACGAUCACCUAUCAGGCGGUCACCACCACCUCGUCGGUCGCGAACGCCUGUACGCCGGUCGCGGUCACCGAUAACUCGCCGGACGCCACGAAAGUCGCGGUCAAGGUCCAUACGACGCAGCCCAAGACGGAGUCCCAUAAGACGGAGCCCUGUGCCAGCAAGAACGAAACGUGGUAGGCCACCACCACCACCGGCACCCAGAAAUCGACCACCAAGCCCGCCAGACCCUAGAAAGUCUUCAUCUGGAUCUUCAGCAAGCAGUUGUUCUGAUGAAUCUUGUUCUGUCUGUUCGGCCAAGAACAAGAAGCCGAGUGCCCCCCCUCCCAAACCACCACCAGGUGCCAAGCCACCUGUUCACCCGUCUCCGUCGAAACGCCCCCCUGGUGCCAGUGGUGGGGUUGUCUUGCCAACACGAGAACUGUUAAAGGCGAGGGAGGCUAGCAAGAGGACCAGGGAAGAGAAGGUGUUAGAAUGGCAGCGUUCGCAGCUUGCGGUGCGCCCGGCCGCGCCGAUACCACCUGCGCAGAUCAAACGCGAAGGCGAGAGACGUCGGGAGCGCCCGGAGAGGGAGAGGGCGGAGCGCGGGGUCUCGCCCGCAGCGAUAGCCGCAGCCCUCGCCGACAGCGAGUCGGAUUCGGAGAGCGACGCUAGUGUUUCGCCCCCGCCUCAGAGGUUAACCCUCUCGGAGCGAUUUGGAAAGAUGGCGCAGUGGUCGGCGGCGAGGUCUGCCCGCGUGGACAACAUGAACAUGCGGAUCACGCGGCGUGAAGCCGGUCUGGACGUGCAUAUUGACCCACCGACCCGCGAUUCGAGGCCCAGGUCGCUAUCUCCCAGGGAUAGGGCGGCUGAUGAGGACUUGCCGGGUCUAGAGCCAGCUCCUGUCGGUAGUUAUCCAGAAGAACUCUUGGCGGUGGCACCUGGCGGCCUACCGUCGUGGGACGACGUUCGGGUCAGAUAUGACUACUACAAGCGGCGUGGAUAUCUCAGGGGUCUCUCGCUGGGUGAUUAUGUGAAAUGGGAGGAGUGGUGGUACAAAUACCAAGAGUGGUUGAAGCGGGAACGAGCCUACGAGCGAUGGGCUGAUGGCGAGGCGUUGCCGGUGCGCCGCGAGCGUCGCCGUCGAGGGGGGCGCCACCGAGUGCGACCGACUGCCACCUCGCCGUUAGCCGCAAUGAUGGCGCCUACGUAA